AUCUGAUUUUUGGUUUUUUGUUGUUCCCCAUUAAAAAAAAAAUACAGAGAAAUUUCAUUCUAUAGAGAGAAGGGGAAGGAGAGAAAUGAAUCAUCCAAAGGAAUCAAAUGGCAAAGAAGAAGAAGAAGCGUUAGGAUCGAGCUUAACAAUGGAAAGGGUAGCUGCAGCUAAACAGUUUAUUGAGAAUCACUAUAAAGCUCAGAUGAAGAACAUUCAAGAACGUAAAGCAAGACGUCAUGUGUUGGAAAAGAAAUUAGCAUCCUCAGAUGUACCUGAGGAGGAACAAAUAAAUUUGUUGAAGGAUUUGGAAAGGAAAGAGACAGAGUUUAUGAGACUUAAGAGGAAUAAGAUUUGUGUUGAUGAUUUUGAGCUGUUAACCAUCAUUGGGCGUGGAGCAUUUGGAGAGGUAAGGCUAUGCCGAGAGAAGUCCUCGGGCAAUAUAUAUGCCAUGAAGAAGUUGAAGAAAUCAGAUAUGCUUAGCAGGGGCCAGGUUGAACAUGUUCGAGCUGAAAGGGAUUUGCUUGCGGAAGUUGGCAGUCACUGCAUUGUGAAGUUGUACUACUCAUUCCAAGAUGAUGAAUACUUGUACCUAAUUAUGGAAUAUCUUCCUGGUGGAGACAUGAUGACUCUCUUAAUAAGAGAAGACACCUUAACUGAAAGUGUGGCUAGAUUUUAUAUUGCUCAAACCGUUCUGGCCAUAGAGUCCAUUCAUAAGCAUAACUACAUUCACAGGGAUAUCAAACCUGACAAUCUUCUGUUAGACAAAAAUGGUCACAUGAAGCUGUCUGAUUUUGGUCUUUGCAAGCCACUAGACUCUGCUACUUUGUCUACUUUACAUGAAAACGAAGCCAUGUCUGAUGAGAACUUGCGAGAAACAGUGGAUGUUGACAACAGCCUACAGAAGGCAGAGGCUGGACGUAGGUGGAAAAGCCCAAGUGAACAGCUUCAGCAUUGGCAGAUAAAUAGGAGGAAGCUGGCAUUUUCAACUGUGGGUACACCAGAUUAUAUUGCUCCAGAAGUAUUGCUGAAGAAAGGCUAUGGCAUGGAGUGUGACUGGUGGUCACUAGGCGCAAUUAUGUAUGAGAUGCUUGUUGGUUAUCCCCCUUUUUACUCUGAUGACCCCAUAACCACAUGCAGAAAGAUUGUUCACUGGAAAAAUCACCUAAAGUUCCCUGAAGAGGCAAGGUUGACACCUGAAGCAAGGAAUCUCAUCUGUAGAUUGUUAUGUGAUGUUGACCAGAGACUAGGUAUUGGAGGGGCAGACCAUAUAAAAGCUCAUCCUUGGUUCAAAGAUAUUGUUUGGGACAAACUUUAUGAAAUGGAAGCAGCUUUCAAACCAGAGAUCAACGGGGAGCUUGAUACUCAGAACUUUUUGAAGUUUGAUGAGGCGGAAACUCCCCCAGCAAGAACUGGCUCUGGGCACUCACGGAAGAUGCUAUUAACACCCAAAGAUUUAAGCUUCGUUGGUUAUACAUACAAGAACUUUGACGCUGUGAAAGCGAAACAUCAAUCUUUGGAUCGCAAGAAGAGUACAUCACCCACACGACAAUCGCUGGAUUCUGUAAACAGUGAUUCUGCUGUGGAUUAUUCUGCCAGGCCAACAAUGUUGGAAAUACAAACAGAUAAGCUAACAAUUGACGAUUCCAUGUUGCCAUAGAAAGAGACGCAGUUAAGUCAAUUCGCCGAUGCAUUCCGUUGUUAAAACUCGAAAGUCCUCGUAUGAUGAUGAUGGUAAAGAGCGUAGCACUGCCUGCUUAGUUUUCAGUCAGUCAGGUUAUUGUUACCGUACAUUUGUGUUCUGUUUGAUGAACCACCCACCGUCUAGAUGUACAGUAGUAUGUAUUUAGAGGAACUGUCACUGGCGAAAUGCAUUAUUAGUUAGUAGUUAGUAGUCAAGUGUUUAAAUGAGACAGCCAGAUGAUAUCAUUAUGCACAAUGUCCUGGCUGCCCAAGUCGGCACACCCUCAUGCCUUACCUUGCGGUAGUUUCUGGUUUUUGCAUCUAAACAAUUCAGGAAAAUUAAGCAAAGAAGAAACUUAUGCAUGUAUGAGAUUGUUCCUACACAUUGCUAACCUGCCUAUAUGUAUUAUUCGGAAAAUCUCUUUAACGAACUGAUAAUCUUCCGUAUACCAUUUUAACUGUGGCUUAA